AUGUCUCUUUCUAUCGACUUGAGAGAGCCCAGACUGGCACGCCUCUACAAGCUGUCCGAGUCCCUGGCCGAAUAUACAACCACCAAGUUAUGGCUUUACAUAUUCUUCGAGUUCGCAUUCCGUGGUGGAGAAUUGCCCGUCAAUAUCGACUUUCUAACAUGGGGGAGGCGGAAGAGAAUAAGAUCACGCAACGAGAUUGUGGUUCGGCGUUGCAUCGCCACGCAUGGCACAACGUCCAAAGAGACCAUCCUGCUCUGGGUCUGCGCCCCGUGUGCCCGCGAGCCGGAAUUUGACAUUGAGGACCUCGAACUACUGGCCAACAUCACCGCAUCAAGGUAUAUCCUCCAGGCGAGGGAAACGCUGCAGACCGUGUGGAUCAUGACUUCGCUAGGACCGUACGCCCGGCUCUGGGCGUACACGACCGAGGACGACCGGAGCGGCCACCACCUAUGGCCAAUCUUUCCCCUCGGCGAACGCGGCGCCAAGGUCUCUUACCUUCCACUGCGCGGCCACGAGGCUCACUUUCAGGUUUUGUUUGACCUUGUACAGCGCGACCCGAACCCGACGGCGGACCUGGUGCGCAGCAUCGCGCGGGGCACGGCAGAGGACCAGCUGGUGGACGUGCGCAAUACAACGCAGGUGUCGCCGCAGGGGCGGCGCGGCUCGGUUCUUGACUGCAGGCUGCCGGAUGGCUCGAUUGUGGGCAUCUCGGCGGACUGGCACCGGGCAUACAUUAUCUGGGAGAACCAGCCUUGGGAGUGCCACCAGUGCUGCUUCGGCGGAGAGUCCGCCAGCAGGGUACGGUAUUGGACGUGGUGGCUCAUUCCGGGAACCGGUUAA